ACCACCGAAUCGCAGGUUGAUGAAGUUACAAAGUUUGAACGAGACUACGUGCCUCCAAACUUUACAAUAAAAGAACUGCGUCAGGCAAUUCCAGCACACUGCUUUGAGAGAAACACGUUGAGAUCAGCCAGUUAUAUGGUUAAAGAUCUUGCGGUAAUUGCAGUUCUGGUCUAUGCAGCGACAUUUAUUGACACACACUUUCCACAGACGAUCCGUUUAUGGGUAAUCGCACAUGAAUGUGGGCAUCGAGCCUUUUCACCAUACAAGUUCAUAAACAACACAGUUGGCUUCAUAUUGCACACAGCUUUAUUGGUUCCGUUUCAUUCGUGGAGAAUAACACAUUCUAAACAUCACAAACAUACAGGACAUGUGAAGAAAGAUCAAGUAUUUGUACCAAAAACACGAACAAGGUUGGGUCUUCCACCGAAGGAUAAAGAUCAUGAUGACGAAACGUCAAUAUUUGAAGAGACACCUAUUGUCUCACUCGUGACCUUAAUUGCUCAACAGUUGUUUGGAUGGCCGCUAUAUUUAAUAAUUAAUGCAUCGGGACAAGAAUACAAGGGACGCUGGGUCAAUCAUUUUAAUCCAUCAUCACCUAUAUUUGAACCUAAACAUUAUAACGAUAUAAUUAUUUCUGACAUUGGAAUUAUCAUAGCAUUAUCUUGUAUUUGUUAUUUUUCCUAUAUCUAUUCAUUUAUGACUGUAGUAAAAUACUAUUUAAUACCUUACUUGAUUGUAAAUCAUUGGCUUGUUCUCAUAACUUAUCUUCAACAUACUGAUUCAAAAUUACCACAUUAUCGCGACGAACAAUGGAAUUUUGUUCGCGGAGCUGCUUGUACAGUGGAUCGUCAUUUCGGAUUUCUUGAUUCUAUAUUUCACCGAAUCUCGUCUACACAUGUUGCACAUCAUUACUUUAGUAAGAUGCCACAUUAUCAUGCUGAAGAAGCAACCAUUCAUCUUAAAAAAGUUCUAGGUUCUUAUUACAUUUUUGAUGACACACCUAUCUUUAAAGCUUUAUGGGAAAGUUAUAAUCAAUGUCGGUUUAUAGAAGACGAAG